CGAAAAUUGUCGAGAGUAUUUCGUGUGGUCGACAUUCGCUACUCCUUUUUCAGCAGAAGCAAGCUUUGAUGCCCCCAGGAAUCUGUUCUCUCGCAGUGCUUUUUUUCCGGGUGCCUUGAGAAUAGCUCGGGCCAUUGCAAUUCUGUGUUGCAUACAGCACCCUUUCAAAAGCUGGGGACAACGAAUUGGCCAAAGCGAGCUGGGUUAGUGGUGGACUUCUGUUUGCCGUUGCGGAUGGUCCAUUGAUGCUGGUUGGUAGAACAGAUGGACCAAGAGUUGGACGAGCUGCUGAAGUGGGCAGCGGAGCACGGAGCGCACGACUCUGUUUCUGCACCACUGUUACAUCAGGCCGGUCAUUUGCCGCGGCAGUCUAGAAGGAACGAACGAAGGAGCUGCCUGGAGACGACAUUAGCGGUGGCCACUUUUCCUGAGGCGGGGGGCCGGGGCCUGGCUGCCACGAGGGACCUUACAGCGGGGGAGGCGCUUCUGGCAGUGCCUGAGCAAUUGCUCAUGACCGCCAAGUCAGCUCGCACGGAUGCCAUUCUCGGACCCCUGCUCACCAGAUCUCCAGGCUUGACUUCGCACCAGGUCCUGAUAGUGCACUUACUGCACGAGGUGGCCAAGGGGGCUGCCUCCUUCUGGCGGCCUUACCUGCUAGCGCUGCCUCGCGUGCACCACACCCUCGCCCACUUCUCCGCCCCUCAGGUCCUCCACCUCCAGUUUCCCCAUGCCAUGGAGGCCGCCCGGCGGGCCCGCACCGAAGCGCACCGCGAUUGGGCUGCAGCCGCCCCUUUGUUGCAGGAUUUGGGGCUGCCCCCAAAGUUCCGGCGCUUCAAGGCCUGGCUGUGGGCCGCCGCAACGGUCACUUCCCGUUCUGUGGCGAUUCCCUUCGAUUCUGCGGGCGCGCUUUGUCCCGUGGGCGACUUGUUCAACUACGCUGCGCCGUCCGAGGAGGACCAGACCGCCCGCCUCACAGACGGAGCCUUUGACGCGGAGACCCGCUGCUUCCGCUUCUACGCACGGGAGAACUACAGGACAGGCCAGCAGGUACUCCUCUGCUAUGGCGCGUACCGUAACCUCGACUUGCUGGAGCACUACGGCUUCCUCCUUCCCGACAAUCCCAACGACGCGGUCACCAUCCUGCUACCAGCCAGCCUCCUUCCGAAAGCGGCUUCCUUCGUCCAUAGGAUCAUAGGAUAG